AUGGCUUCGCAGUACGAUGAAGGCCCGGAGCUGGCCCCCCAGCAUCAUUAUCCCGAGGUAUACCACCCUCCGCCGCAACAGUCGCAUUCCACUUCGCCUCAACCGAUUCCCGUCACGCCGAUGAAGCAAGAAAACUCGACAUACGGCGGAUACCCGGUCUCUGGCAUCGACCAGUCCGUUUACGGUCACCCUGCCGGCGGCGAAACCGCCUUGCCACAAAAGAAGAAGACUAUCUGCGGCUGUACCUUUCUCGUCUUUCUCCUGUCCGUCAUCAUCGCGGUAUUGGCGGCGGCCGUCAUCGGACUGGCAGCAGGCACCGGGGUGGAGGCAAGCCGCGCGAACCAGGCACUCAAUAAGUUGGCGGCUCUGGAAGCAUCAGCGACCAACGGAGCGUCAGCCACGACGACGGUGACGGUCCCAAGCGCGACUCCGACGGCAACCAGCUUUGCCUCCCUCACCAACAACUGCUCCAACAAAGAUGAGACAACCACUGGUCAGACGUACACCACAGACUUCUACGGAAAGAGGACGUUUGUGCAGUUCUGCAACUCCAACGCCCCCAAUGCACCCCUGAUGAGUCUGUUCACCGCCAACUUCAACAACUGCAUGGACGCCUGCGCCGCCUUCUCCUCGUACGAACCCGGCUUUAACGGCAACGCCACGUGCGAGGGCGUCAGCUUCAUCCCGCUCUGGACAACGAGGUCGGGGGCCGUCGACGGCAAGGCGCCGGGCAAUUGCUACCUCAAGCCAGGGCCGCAGUCGCGGGAGGGGCUGGAGACGCCAAACAUCGGCACAGAAUGCCACGCCGCUAUCAUGAACUCUUGA